UUACUUAGGAAUUUUCUUAGAUAAGAAACGGUUGAACUGGAUUCAAUUUUUAUCAUAGCUUAUGUAAGACUGCCUCUGUCCCUCCUCUCACAUGCCAUUGGUUAACAGGCAGACAGUGUGUCCAGGGGCGUUGCCUGCUCAUUGGUCUUAUAGCCUGUGAGGGAGGAAGAAAGACACAUUUGCCAGUCAGGCCAGUGACAGAAAUGGAUUCGAAACAUCAGUGUGUGAAGCUGAAUGAUGGUCACUUCAUGCCUGUCCUGGGAUUUGGCACCUAUGCGCCUGCAGAGGUUCCUAAAAAUAAAGCUCUAGAGGCCACCAAAUUGGCAAUAGAAGCUGGGUUCCGCCAUAUUGAUUCUGCUCAUUUAUACAAUAAUGAGGAGUACGUUGGACUGGCCAUCCGAAGCAAGAUUGCAGAUGGCACUGUGAAGAGAGAAGACAUAUUCUACACUUCAAAGCUUUGGUGCAAUUCCCAUCGACCAGAGUUCGUCCGACCAGCCUUGGAAAGGUCACUGAAAAAUCUUCAAUUAGACUAUGUUGACCUUUAUCUUAUUCAUUUUCCAGUGUCUGUAAAGCCAGGUGAGGAGAUGAUCCCAAAAGAUGAAAAUGGAAAAGUACUAUUUGACACAGUGGAUCUCUGUGCUACGUGGGAGGCCAUGGAGAAAUGUAAAGAUGCAGGAUUGGCCAAGUCCAUCGGGGUGUCCAACUUCAAUCGCAGGCAGCUGGAAAUGAUCCUCAACAAGCCAGGGCUCAAGUACAAACCUGUCUGCAACCAGGUGGAAUGUCAUCCUUACCUCAACCAGAGAAAACUGCUGGAUUUCUGCAAGUCAAAAGACAUUGUUCUGGUGGCCUAUAGUGCUCUGGGAUCCCAUCGAGAAAAACCAUGGUAACAAGAGCAACAGGAAUUUUACGUAAAACAUUGUUUUGAUUUAAAGAAAUUUAAUGAGCUCAUGCUGUUUCCUGGAGUUCACUGACAGCUGACUUGGGAUGAGGGAAGAAUUUGCUUUUCUGACAAGAUCCCAGGUGAUGUUGAGGUUGCUGUUCAGGGGCCUCACUUGAGAAGCUCUGGUGCAGAGUGGACGCCUUAGUCUGUUUAGGGAGCCGCCUAACAAACUGUAUCCGCAGCCU